UUUUCAGUGCACCGGUUUUGUUGCGGGCAGUGUUUGUGACUUUGCUUUCUAUAAGAAAAUGCUGAAAGAAAAAGAAUUUUUUGAGUGGCUAAUCAGUAUGGGUUGCCCAGCGCAUCUGAUUCCCGGGGAAAACAAGAUGAAUGAGAUUGUUCGGGCUAAAAUACUUCCUGUGGAGAACAUAAUGAAGUAUUUCCGACCAGCAGAGGAAGCGAAGAGAAUUCAAGACAGGAAUUUGCGUGUGGAAUUGUGUAAAAUCAAGAGUGGGAAUUUCAUGAUUGCUGACAAGAGAACUGUCCCAGAGGAAUACUUACAAUAUGCAAAGCUGAAUGCUAUUAAAAAGGACAUCCAUUGGCUGGAAAGUAAUAUUGAGGAUUUAAAUAGUGACUUAAAUUGUAGAAGUCAUCAAUUGGCUGAGAAAAAUGGUUUUAAGCGCCAAAAGAAGGAAUUUAUAGAGAAGAAUACAGCCAAAUUAUUCUUCUACGAGGCGAAGAAUAUGACUCUCAGCGAACGAAUUGCAGAGGCCAAAAGGAGCCUUUCAGAGUGUUACUCUGCAAUGUAUCCUUUGGGGAAGAAAAACUGCGAUGGCCGAGCAACUCUUAUGCUGUUAAGGGAACUCUUGGCGAAAUAUUACACUUCAUUGGAGCAAAAUCAGCAAAAUUCAUUUAACCAAGAGAAUCUGUGGAUAAAGAUUUCGGAGAGUCUCAAAGACACACCUAAUUCGGUGCUUUGUCGAGAGAUUAUGAUUGAUCUCGAUGCUCUAAUGGACGCAAUGAAGAUUCUCGUUGAGAAGAACAUUAAUAUGCCAAAUGAAGAGAAAGAUCCGCUCUAUGAGCACAAUAUUGGCCUGAAGAUCUUCUUAAUAAACCGACUCAAGCUCCUCAUUUAUCUGAAACACUACGAGGACAAAGAGAAGGACAUUAGAGAACAUUACAUUGAGAAAUACAACGCGUUCCAGGAAAUGCUGGAGAAUCAAAUAUGUUACUUCACUUCUCAUUACAUUUCGGAGUAUCUAAAAAGUCUUGUCGUUGAUGCAAAUUUGCAGGGAAAAGUCGCUCUGCUGAAGACGGAAACGGAGAGAUAUCAAAAUUCUUCCAUCGAUGAUGACAUGGCAUUGAAUUUGAUAAAAAUUUCGAAAGAUGUGCGCAUGUGGCAUGAGGAUUUCCUGUCGGAAGUCAAGAAAGUUGAAGUGAACAUUUUUCAGUUGAAACGAGUCAUCCCAAAACUUGAACACACAGUUCAAAAUAUUAGAUCGCAGUCAAACGGUGUCAAAAGGCAGAUUGCGAGUGAGAGCAUCAACAUGAAUGCUUCCCAGAGGAAUCACACGCUAAAUUGCACAUCAUCUAAUGGGUCUGAAUCCACGAUUGAAGAGAGCUUCGAGGAGGUGAGAGGAAAUAAGGAGUUGAAGGUUGUUGUUCCACCAGAAGAAGAUUGUGACUUUUCACUGCCUCUAACUCAGAAGGAUUGCGAAAAUGUUGCCAAACGAAUUCAGAAUCAGGAAACUUCUCUUCAGCACAUAACUCAAGAAAUUGAAAGUCUUGGGCAUCAGGUGCGGGAAAAGCUCAAUGAUACAGAAAAACACUUCAACUUCCUGAUGGAUAAUCCGAUGAGAAAGUAUGUUCCAUCCGCAAAGAAGUUCAAUGGCCACACGUAUCAAGAGUACGAGACGGAAUUCAUGUUGCACUAUCGUGAGACUGAGAAGUAGUUUAAUUUGUUUCAU